AGGACAUGGGCUGACUGGCUGCGCGUCUCUGAAAGCGGAGCGACGAUGUUGCGAUGUGUCCCGUGGUUCGGCGGUCGCGCGCUCUUCGUGCUGCUCGUGCUGUUGCUGCUGGUGUGCGGCUGUGCGCGAGCGUGUCGCGAGCUGCUCUCCAACGGCUGCAGCUGCAAGGAGGACCGCGCGAAGACGCACACGGUGCAGGCAGGAACGCGCAGACGGGUGAACUGCGCUGGGAAGGAACUGACUGAGACGCCGCAGGUCAACCUAAUGCCCAACCUAAUGCCCAACCGGACUUUCUCGCUAAACCUGAGCAACAAUCGGAUUCGCGUGCUGAGAAAUGGUUCCUUCGCUGGGUUGUACUGGUUGGAUAAACUGGAUCUCAGGAAUAACUUGAUCAGUACCAUCAUGCCUGGAACCUUUCAGAGUCUAACAGCACUUAGAAGACUUGACCUGUCCAACAACCGGAUUGGCUGCUUAAGCCCAGAAAUGUUCCAGGGACUCACCAACCUCACCAAGCUAAACAUUUCUGGAAACAUCUUCUCCUCUUUAGAGCCAAACAUCUUUCAGGAGCUUCCCUCUCUACAGCAGGUGAGCUUCGACUCAGAGUUCUUAUCAUGUGACUGCGGCCUGCAAUGGGUGCCUGAUUACCUCAGCAGAAAUUUAGUCAAACUCGGAGGCGAAACGCUCUGCAUGUUUCCCAGAAGGUUCCAGAACAGGCCACUGCGAGAGCUGGAAAAGAGCGACCUGACCUGCGAUGGCCCCUUGGAACUGCACACGCUGUUUCUGUUGCCCUCGCUGCGCCAGGUUGUGUUUAAAGGAGACAGGCUGCCUUUCCACUGCACUGCCGCCCUGGUGGACAAAAUCACCACCAUCCACUGGCACCACAAAGGCCAGAUUGUUAGAAACGACCCUGAGAAUGGAGUUCAUCUAGAGGAGAGUGUUGUACACGACUGCACCUUUAUUACCAGUGAACUGAUCCUGUCGAACGUCCACAUCGAUGCGUCUGGUGAGUGGGAAUGUGUGGUGACGACCGGUCGGGGGAACGUGUCACGCAGCGUGGAGAUUGUAGUUUUGGAGAACAGCGCCACCUUUUGCCCUGAGCAGAGAGUGACCAACAACAGAGGGGAGUUCAGAUGGCCAAGGACUCUGGCUGGAAUAACAUCACAUCAAUACUGCCUACAGCUGCGUUACCCAUCUCUCCCUGUAGGAGGCACUGCAGACCAAAAGCGGGCCUCUCGCUACUGUGAUCGCUCUGGGCGCUGGGAGGAAGGCGACUACUCUCAAUGCCUUUACACCAAUGACAUUACCAAUGUCCUUCACACGUUCAUACUGAUGCCCAUUAACGUCUCCAACGCUCUGACACUGGCACAUCAGGUGAGGACAUACACGAUGGAGGCAGCAGGAUUCACAGACACGGUGGAUGUUUUUUACGUAGCGCAGAUGAUGCAGAAAUUUAUGGACUACGUCAAUCACCAGCGUGAGCUGUUGGAAGUGCUGGUGGAGAUGGGCAGUAACUUGAUGCAGGUGGACGAUCAGAUCUUGUCCCGGGCUCAGAGAGAAGAACGAGCCUGCAGCUCUAUUGUUCAUGCUCUGGAGACCCUGGCGUGGCCGCAACUUCACCCCAAUGCCCAGGAUCUCUCAAUGAUAUCACGGAACAUUGUAAUGGAAGCCCACUUGAUUCGUCCCGCUCACUUUACUGGCAUGACCUGUACUGCUUACGAGCGGCGAGAGAUUUCUGCAGCUACUCCUGGAUUGGAUGUAAUAGAUCCCGCCCCCGAGCAGCAGUUACGCUUCCGCUGUACCACUGGAACCCACAACACAUCAUUAAAUUCUUUCCCUUUAAAGAAUGCUGUAGCUCUUGCUUCAGUCUCUUUGCCGUCGUCCCUGUUUCCUCCAAACGCUCCAAUGAACUGUAAACUUCAGUUUGUAGCUUUCCGGACCGGAAGGUUCUUCCCUUUUAUGGGGAACUCCAGCAGUGUACCUCGAAGACGCAGCGUCAACACGCCGGUUAUAUACGUAGGACUUGAUGGAUGCACCAUGUGGAACCAGUCAGCUCCCAUCAUAGUGUCUCUGCGCCACACGUCACCUGGAAACGACCCUAUUGCUGCACACUGGAGUUUGGAUUCCCUCGAGCAUCAUGGAAACUGGCGUUCAGAAGGCUGUCAGUUAGCUCAGAGCGACCCGAGCACCUCAACACUCCGCUGCUCUGUCCUCAGCAACUACGCUGUGCUUCAGGAGGUCCCCGAUUUCCCAGGUCUGUCUCCGGCUCCUGUAGAAGUGCUCCACCCGGUGGUGUACACCUGCACUGCAGUACUGCUCCUGUGCCUGUUCACCAUCAUCUUCACGUACAUUAUACACCACAGCUCUAUCCAAAUUACUCGGAAGAGCUGGCACACACUUCUCAACACCUGUUUCCACAUAGCCAUGACGACAGCAGUAUUUGCAGGGGGCAUUACCCUUACCGGUUACCCGAUCGUGUGCCAGGCGGUGGGCAUCGUCCUCCACUAUUCUUCUUUAUCGACUCUGUUGUGGAUUGGUGUCAGUGCACGUGUGCUUUAUAAGGAGGCUUUAUGGCGGUUUUCACAGCAUCCGGAAGGCGAGGUGGGUGUGGUGCCCACCCAGAGGCCAAUGCUCAGGUUUUAUUUGAUUGCCGGGGGAGUUCCUCUUAUCAUUUGUGGGAUCACUGCAGCGGUCAACAUUAACAACUAUGGAGACAACAUUCCUUACUGUUGGUUGGUGUGGCAGCCCAGUAUCGGAGCCUUCUAUGUUCCUGCUGGCCUGGUGAUUGUGGUGACCUGGAUCUAUUUCCUGUGUACCGUGGCUCGCUUAAGGUGCGGGAACUCCCAGAGGGUCAAAGACCCUCCCUGCUCCACAUCUGGCUCUUCACCGGUUCCCGAAGCCCAACCAGCUCUUAGUGGCAGCACCAGUUUACUUUCGACGGACUCUGCGGUCGGACCAAGUAAUUCUGGGAUUGUCCUGGAGGACCAGUAUUCACUGAAGGUGCAGUUCCUGGCACUAGUUGCAACUCAGUUUGUGUUUUUGCUCCUGUGGUGCUGUGGAGCAAUCGCGAUGUGGAAUAUGGACAGAGAAAGGAAGCUGUUCAGUUGUCUUUAUGGAGGUACAGCAACCGGGCUGGGAAUUUUUUUGGUUCUCCAUCACUGCUUCAAGCGAUUGGACGUCCAAGCAGCAUGGCUCGGGUGCUGCCGAGGGUAUCACCGCUCACAGCCUAAUCCAGCCUACAGCCAUAAUUGCACCGCCACCGUUGGGGUCCAGAGCACCUCUGAAAGGGGCUCACAGCUUUUCGGAUGCAAUCCUCCAGCCGAGCAAAGCAACUACUCUUCUUCUAGAUCGUCUUCUACUCCUAGUGGGACCGGGAGUAUUGGAACUGGACCAUGCAAGCUUACCAACCUCUUGCAGGUAACACAAGACAACACCAACAACAACCGUGCUCUGGCAGGCACCAAUACCAACACCAGCACGAGCACAGAGAACACCAACAACAAGCCUGCUAACAACCUGCUGCCGAGUUUUGGCCCAACAUUUCCAGCUCAGCAGCCACAGAGAAAAAAGACUAGCACUAGUAGGACUAAGGCAAGUGGCCAGUACCACCACAGGGGAGAGGGCAGGGGACAUUAUCGACUAAAAGCACUACGAGGAGGUGGAGGCAGUGUGGGAGCACUGGGCCCACCCGGAGUGGACCAAGUGAACAUCCAUCACCUACACAGAUACGCCUCCAGUGAGAAUGGUAGCCUCCGGAACAGUCAUACAGAUGGACAGAACGGACCGUUGACCAAUGGGAGGCACCGUGGGGAGGGUCCUGUGACGAGCCCUUCGGAAGGAAGCGACGGAGGAAGCAGUGGAAGCAGGAGGCCCUUCACGCUGUUGCCUUCCAUAGCGAGUCGGGUCGCGACACAGCAGAAUGGACAGAGACACAGCGCAAGCAGGGACAACCUCAAACUGACCGCUGCGACCGACAGAGACUUCAAGCGAGGUUCAUUUCCUCUCAACACUGGGACCGUUACCGGAAUGGCAUGCGGCACGACGUCAUCGAUGCCGACUGCCACACAAAACGGGAUGCUCAAGGGUUCUGUGAUUGAACUGGACUCUAGUGGGUCAGACCAGUCACGGGGGUCUGUAGGGAUGAGGCCCGGGGUUUGGAAAAGUGAAACGACAGUGUAAAGGUGAAAAAUAGUGGCACUAGUGGAAAUGAACUGAAAGCAAGAGUCUUUUACUAGUGGUUUCAUUUAUAAUUAGCAUCCCUGAGCUUCAAACAAUCUACAGCUGUCUGAAAAAAAUGGCACAGUCACAAAGGUAACGUGUAUAAGCUGCUGCCAGAUAGGAAAGGUCUAUGAAGGGUGCUGUACAUAAGGUGUAUUGAAGUACCUGGUAAGGCUGCUUUGUGGGGAUUUAAAAGGAUAUAAUGAAGGGAAAUAUAUGCAAAAACAGACUCGUCCAAAAUCAGUAUUUGCUCAUUGUGCAGCAGUGUUGUUCUCUGUGUUGCUUGUUUUUAUAAGAAUAUAUCUAUCAUGAGUUUUUAAAGUUAUACCUAGAAAGAUUGUGCCUUAAAGAAAUACUCCAAGAUGUCUCAACUUAAUCUCUAUCUCUAGCAUCAGUAGCAUGGCAUUGUUUCCUGAACCAAAAAUGGCUUAAAACAGUAGUUAGGAGUAGUUUUGACUAUAGAAGAUUAAUUAAAAUGCAAAAGAUAAACUUUU